AUGGUGCAACCAGAAAAACGGACAGCCAAGGCCCCCACCGUGUGGAGAAGCAUUCAAGCAAUUGUUUUUGCAUCAUGGUUAAAUGUCUUGUUGGUUUUUAUCCCGAUAUCUUGGGCUAUAAGCUUUGCUCUUCCCCAUCAUGACACUCUAAUAUUUGUUUGUUUGAUGUACUCGCAGCUUCUCGCCUUCGCGACCGACGAACUUGUGCUGGUACUGGGCAUGUGUUUCUUUGCCGGUGGUCUCCGCUUCUUGGAACAGGGAUUUGGUCAAAGUGCUGUGCAACUUAAUUCGACAUUACUGACCAUCAGUGUGAUUGCUGUUCUGUUACCUGGGGCUUUUCAUGUGGCUCUUCAGGGUCGACCAGAAUAUGACGAAUUGUCGACCGAUUACAACAUAUUGAAAACUAGCCAUGGCGUACUCUACGCCUCAUAUCUGGUUUUCCAGUUAUUUUCGCACAAAGGCCUCUACGAUGAUGACAGCGGAGAUAUGCAACAAACCAAGGCAUACGCAGGCCACAAUCCAUUCCGGUUGCACAGGACACGUAGGAAUAUCACGGACGGCGAAACAGUACGUUCCCCAAGUUCGACGCAUGACAGAGAGGCAGCCACAACAUUGUCCCGCCCUGCAGAUGCCGACCCGGAUGUGGAACUUGGGACAAAUUCCAUAGCAUCAUUGGAGACUGAGGCUCUCGAGCAACCAUUGAUGAACCUUGCUGUGUGCAUUUGGCUUUUGGUUGUCGUGACUGUGUUGGUUGCUGUUACUGCAGGGUUCCUCGUCGACUCAAUUGAUAGCACGACUUCCUCCGGGUUGAUCAACAAGGAGUUUGUUAGUAUUAUUUUGCUCCGGAUCGUCGGCAAUGCAGCGGAGCACGUUACUGCCGUUAUGGUAUCCGUCAAGGAUAAACUGACUUUGAGCUUGGGCGUUGCUGUGGGUUUGAGUAUUCCAUUGACACUUCUCUUUGACCCGCUGGAGUCCAUUGUCCUGUUUCUUUCCGUCCUUACUGUCAAUUACGUCGUGCAGGACGGCAAGUCAAUUGGUUGGAAGGAAUGA